UGAAGUUGGCCUGGUCACUCAAGAAGGGAUUAAAGGAGAAUUUAGUGUCACUGAGCUGUGACUGCUGAAGAGGGAACUCAAGUGUUCGGGUCACUGUGUGAACAGGAUGGUCUCAGUUCAGAGCUGCACCAGGAGGAAUAUGGCUGGCUCUCCUCCUGCUUUACCAGGCUUUGGGAACUCUGGAAAGAGUUUUCUUAUUGACAAUCUGCUGCAGUCACAGACACCUUCAGCCCGUCCAGAGGGGACGGCAGGUGGAUACCUGAGACGAGCAGCGUGUGAACGUCCGAGGAGAACCUGGGUGUCUGAGCAUGGAGCCUACCAAAGCCAGGCCCACAGUCCCCAGCAGGGGAAAGAUUUAGGAGGACCACUUGUGCCGCAAGGUGUACUGAGCAGUGUUUUCCUGCGGAGCCCACAGUAUCUCCUGGCAUGCUGCGGUGGGUCCAGCCCCCCUCCUGUCUUCUCCAAGGGAGCAAAUAUUCGAAUGUGGUCUGCCGAUAUAAGUCCUAAGUCACGCAGAGGGAUCCUCAGGAGGGCUGUGUUCUCUGAAGAACAACGGAAGGAGCUGGAGAGAACUUUUCGGAGACAGAAAUACAUCAGCAAGACAGACCGGAACAAACUGGCAGCUGAUCUCAGUCUCAAAGAGUCACAGGUGAAGAUCUGGUUUCAGAACCGUCGAAUGAAGUGGAGGAACUGUAAGGAGAAGGAGGUUCAUAACACCCGUUCCCCAAUGGAUGAGCUCAUGGCCCGAGGUCUUGCUCAGGAAGAGGAAGAACCAUCACAGCAUCACGCUGACGCAAAAACAGAGAGGUCGCCAUCACAGAAGAGUGUCAGGGACACAUGAGAGGCUGUAAUGAGCAGAAAGUAAACCAAGGACUUCCUCAAAUCCACAAAAACCAGUAAAAAGGCUACGAUACUGGGAGGGUGUUAAAAAUAUGUGGAUGGAAUACACUUUCUAUGAAGACUAACACUGAUGAUAUUUACGUUUCCAUGCAUGUAGACGUCUUGUUGCAUCAUAAAUGUAAUUAGGUUCAACUGCUGAGUCAAUCAUCUUAUUGCGUUUUGCUGGCUUCAGUAAGCAAUUUAUUAGUUAUUACACUGACAAGUCUUUCCAGGAAAGAUUCCCACUCUUCGAUUGUAAUUGCAAUCAGUUAAAUGCGCAAAUGAGUCACGUCAUUUCAAGCAUCUGCAUAUCAGACUGUUAUGUUAUUAUUUCAUGUUAUGGUCAGCUUUACAGUAAUGCUCUGCUCAUGAUCCAAAAGUGAAGUUAAAUUUCACUUAGUAUAUUUUGUAAAUAUAUUUUUUCAUGAUCAUGGAUUCUUAGAUCAACUGUAAAUAAAGUGUUUCAAUGAAUCCUCA